UAUAAAAGGCAGGACUGGAAAGUGAAAGUGAUGCUGGCAGGCUUGAAAAACAGGUCCUUAUGAAACCACCCGGCACUUAUAGCACCGCUUCCCUGGAGCGCAGAGCAAAGAGGGAGAGGUGACGAGGAGGCGAAAUGAGCACGCAGCAGGAGGAGAAACGUUAUGAUCCCGGAGACACAACUCUCAAGUUUGUUAAUCGACCGGAUGACUUGGAUCCUCUGCCCCCCGAAGACGGUGACCAGUGUCUCAGAGCAGAAAUGUCCUGUGGCCACGUGGUUACGCCAGAAUCUCUGACAGGAUGGUGCCGAAGCUUGUUGGACCAGGGCCAGUAUAAAUUUAAGUGCCCCGCCUUAAAAGAAGGGACGCUGCAGAAGUGUGAUGCAGUGUGGCCAUACCCGGAGGUGCGUAGACUGGCCGUGCUGACCGCUGAGGAGAUGCAGCACUUUGAAGAAAACAUCGCUCGUCUGGCUGCGUCAGAAUAUUGUGAAUUUAAAGCGUGCCCUAGCUGCAACACGUAUGUGGAGCGAGAGCAGGUCACCAACUUAAACGUCCAGUGCACGAUCUGCGUGGCGGACGGGAAGGAGCAGUGUCAGUUCUGCUGGCAGUGUCUGCGGCCGUGGAAAGGGCCGGCCCCGCGUUCGGACCGCUGCGCCAACGACGGCUGCGUCAACGACAUCCUGGAACUCCUCAAGAACUGCAAAACCACUUCCCUCCCCCAAGUGCAGGGUGUGGCGGCGUGCCCCUCCAUCCGGGCCUGUCCCACCUGUGGCCAGAGAGUGGAGCAUGACAAGACAGGGUGCAAGAACAUCCUCUGUCCCCGCUGCCAGGUUGAAUUCUGCUUUGUGUGCCUGAAGCUCACGCCGGUUUGCUUGAGGACCAGCUCGUACUUCUUACCCUGCCACGACGGCGUGGCUCCCAGACAGACCUCCGUACCUGUAUGGCGCAGAAACUAGGCUAACCGAUCGUUAGCUUGGCCUUCUGUCCCACCUUCCAUUUCUUCACUGUACAACUCUACUGUCGGGUUUGCUUCUGUCUCGCAUUUUCUUAUCUUUGCUACUGUAACCCUAUUAUCUACACAAUGUAUGGAUAUAAAAAUUAUUAUAGGAUUUGAACUUAACCUGCAGAGAUAAUGUUAAUCCGUCAUCUUAUUGUUAUCGUCAAAUAAAGUUCAAAGU